AUGGUAAUUGAUGUUGGAUCAUGGAUCAGCUGUGUUGGGCCCGGUAAAACGAUCUGCCGGCCCAUCACUAAAGUUCGGUCAUUUUUAUUGUUCACCAUAUUUAUACUCGGUGCAGACUCUGAUGUAUACUUCUACUACGAGAACAAAUGCAGAUACCCGGUAUGGCUUGCCGCCAGGCCCUCAGUCGGCGAUGCUGAUCCUGAGCGUGGGGACUGUGGCUCUGGCGUCAAAGAGUGCCAAAACCCACCUCCCGCUUUACCUGUCACCCUCCUCAAUUUCGAGAUUAAACUACUUGUCGUCUCCUAUGAAGUUAGCUUGAACCACGGCCACAACGCCCCCGUCCGGAUCGAACCGGACGGCAGCUAG